CGCCGCCGUUCGUCGAUAAACUAAGCUGAGCUAAGCGGCUAAAGCGGAAUCGGCGAGGUGCGGCGAGGCGUGCGGAAGUAUUGGCGGGCAUUGGCGAUCGACUCAGACGAUUCAUUCUCUGUUACACGUUUCUGUUGUCGUCUGAUUCGCAGAAAAGUUACAACGCUCUUAAAAGAAUCUCAUCGAUUCCAUUCUCGCUGAGCCGCCGAAGAAACGUCCGAGAAACAUGCUUCGUCUCUUCGUGGCGGUCGCGGCGCUGGCCGUGCUGGUCGACGCGACAGGAUUCCAAAGAAUUCCGUUAGUAAGAACGGAUUCCAUUCGAAAGGCUUUGAAGGAGGUUGGCACCGACCUGACGCAAGUUCGGCUGGCAGCUACAAAUGUUGGCACACCAACAGGAGAACCUCUAUCUAAUUAUCUGGAUGCUCAAUACUAUGGUGAAAUCUCGAUUGGAACCCCACCGCAGAAGUUCAAAGUAAUUUUCGACACUGGUUCCUCCAAUCUCUGGGUACCAUCCAAGAAGUGCCACAUGACCAAUAUUGCUUGCUUGUUACAUAAUAAAUAUAAUAGCGAAAAAUCCAGUACAUACCAGAAAAAUGGUACUAAAUUUAAAAUUCAGUAUGGUACUGGUAGUCUGUCUGGAUUCUUAUCUACUGAUGUAGUAGACGUUGCUGGCCUUGCUGUUCAGCAUCAAACAUUCGCAGAAGCGAUGAGCGAGCCAGGAUUAACCUUUGUCGCUGCAAAAUUCGAUGGUAUCCUGGGAAUGGGUUACGACACGAUAUCCGUUGACGGAGUGACUCCCGUUUUUUAUAACAUGGUCAAACAGAACCUUGUACCACAAUCCGUUUUUAGUUUCUACCUAAAUCGAGAUCCCUCAGCCUCGCAGGGUGGUGAAAUGAUAUUGGGUGGUUCCGACCCCGAUCAUUACGAAGGCGAGUUUACGUAUGUUCCUGUUACCCGUAAAGGAUACUGGCAAUUUACUAUGGAUGGGGUCAAAGUGGCAGAUCACACUUGCUGCGAGAAAGGCUGUCAAGCUAUCGCUGAUACGGGCACUUCCUUGAUAGCUGGACCAACGGCAGAAAUCAAUGUUAUUAACAAACUGAUUGGAGCUACUCGUAUUAUUAAUGGAGAGGCAAUGGUGAGCUGCGCCCUGAUUCCUAAGAUGCCUGAAAUCACUUUCGUAUUAGGAGGCAAGAAUUUCGUUCUUACUGGUGAAGAUUAUAUCCUUAAGAUCAAGCAAUUCGGUCAGACGAUAUGUAUGAGCGGCUUCAUGGGUAUGGAUAUGCCAAAACCGUUAUGGAUUUUGGGCGAUGUAUUUAUUGGACGAUACUAUACCGAGUUCGACAUGCAAAACGACCGAGUCGGAUUCGCUAAGGCAAAAUAAAUAUCGAUUGCCUUUUCAAGUUACCAUUAGAAAAUCUAAAUGACAACUUCGCAAAUACUUAAGUAAAAUUUUCUUAGAUUUAUUGACCCCUAUGCUUAUUGCCUUGUAACUUUUACUUGUGAUCUAUGCGAUACAUGAUUAGAUAAAAUGUGUAUGUGAUAUUUUAGAACAUUCGAAGGAUGAGGAUAUGCGAUAUUGCUUCUACAAUGUGGCAUGUCCUCUCUUUUUUGCAUAGAAUCGUAUUGUCGCAAGGUAUAUAUUGAAUAUAAUAAGUAUAUUGUAAUAAAACAUAUAUAUAUUCUUUUCAUAUACUGUUUAUUGAGUUCAUAUAUUAAAAUCCUUCUAAGUCGUAUCUUAAGAGUUGUUAACAUGUAUUAUAAUUAUAAAAUAAUUGAAAAUAAAUUGAAAUAUACUUUUAAAA